AUGGCAAGCAAAAACGCCACCCGUGCGCUGCGCGCAUCCAUGCGACAGCUGAGGGCUCCAGUCCAGCAGCGCUUGUUCGCUGUUGCUGCCGUGAACGCCAGCCGUCCAGCUGUUGCAACUGCACAGAAGACCUCCUUUGUGCAGCAGCAGAUCCGCGGCAAGAAGACUGUCGAUUUCGCCGGCGACAAGGAGGUUGUCUUCGAGCGCGCUGACUGGCCGCGUGAGAAGCUCUUGGAAUACUUCAAGAACGACACUCUCGCCCUCAUCGGCUACGGCUCGCAGGGUCACGGGCAGGGCCUCAACCUCCGCGAUAACGGCCUCAAUGUCAUCAUCGGCGUGCGGAAAGGCGGUGCCAGCUGGAAAGACGCGGAGCAGGACGGCUGGGUCGCCGGCAAGAACCUCUUCGACAUCGACGAGGCCAUUAACAAGGGCACCAUCAUCAUGAACCYGCUCAGCGACGCUGCACAGAGCGAGACCUGGCCACACAUCAAGCCAAUGCUCACCAAGGGCAAGACUCUUUACUUCUCCCACGGUUUCUCGCCCGUCUUCAAGGACCAGACCAAGGUCGAGGUCCCCUCCGAUAUCGAUGUCAUUCUCGUCGCCCCCAAGGGCUCCGGACGUACCGUCCGCACUCUCUUCAAGGAAGGCCGUGGUAUCAACAGCAGUGUUGCCGUCUUCCAAGAUGUGACUGGCAAGGCUGAGGAGAAGGCCAUUGCCCUCGGUGUGGCUGUCGGCUCCGGCUACAUGUACAAGACCACGUUUGAGAAGGAGGUCUACAGCGAUUUGUACGGCGAGCGUGGUUGCUUGAUGGGUGGUAUUCACGGCAUGUUCCUCGCCCAGUACGAGGUCCUCCGGGAGCGUGGCCACUCCCCAUCCGAGGCCUUCAACGAGACCGUUGAGGAGGCGACCCAAUCGCUCUACCCUCUGAUUGGUGCCAACGGCAUGGACUACAUGUACGAGGCUUGCUCCACCACCGCCCGUCGCGGUGCCAUUGACUGGAGCAAGCGCUUCAAGGAGACCCUCAAGCCUGUGUUUGAGGAUCUCUACGACAGCGUCAAGACUGGUAAGGAGACUCAGCGCACCAUGGAGUACGCUGGCCGCAAGGACUACCGCCAGGCGUUUGAGAAGGAGAUGGAGGAGAUUCGCAACCUUGAGAUCUGGAGAGCGGGCAAGGCCGUUCGCAGUCUCCGCCCUGAGAAUGUGUAA